CAGCCUCUUGAUGGAGCAGAAAACUCGCCCAACCUUUUGCGCAUGGCUGGCAUAACUGAAAGAUUAGAAAGGAAAGGUGGGUCAGAUGAUAGUCUCAGCUGUUAUCCUAUUUUUAGUCUGCUCUCUAGUAACAUCAAUUAUGCUAACUAUAGGCCAGUCUCUUAAAGUUUCAAUUAUCCUUUCUAUAGUCUGGCUAUAGUCUCGGUUAGCCUAUCUAUCAAGAGGCUGGUCUCUCAUAUAUUUUUCUCUAUCAUUCUACAACUCUGAAUAGUUCUGGACAUAGGAAAUCUAUUUAGAUCUAUUUUUUAAAUGACAAUCUAGACUGAUCUUAAGAAGUCAGGACUACGUCAAGUUAUAGUCAAGUCUUACGAGCUGUAUUUCAAAUCUUGGCAGCACACCACAGUCAAACAAAUUUUUGAUCAUCAUCCAAAGAAACACUAACGUGAACAUAUUUGCCACACCGCGUGAACAUCUGCUCAUGUUUUAACAUAUUGAAACUGAACAGUAACUUUAUGUUCAGGUGCCAGGGUCCAUGACUACGGUGACCUCCAUUUUGACAUUGUAGAAAAUGAUGGUGAGUUUGUAGAAGGAUGCAAAUUUGCCCGAACGGUCGGCAAGGCAAACUUACAGGUAAGUUAUAGUGCAAGGCGAGGCCGAGUGUCUCUGAAUACACGGAACUUGGGAGUUAAUUACUUUGACAAUUGUCGAUGACUAGAAUUUUCCGUCAACAAUAUCUGGAUGACACAAUUUGUCGUGCUUUUUAUCAAAUUGUUUGCAUUUACAAUAUAAAUUUUAUCUUCUUUUAACACUCAACGCACUCUAAAAAAAUAUGAAACAUUUUAUAUAAAUUAAAUAAUGUUAAAUUUUAAGAAAACAAUCCUGUAACCAAAAGGGACACAGUUUUAUAAUUUUAAAAAUAAAAACACAAACUUUCAGAUCGCCGAGAGGAUUCCUCUCAUCAUGAAAACUGGUCGCAAGGUCUUGUUACUGGGAGGUGACCACAGUGUGGCGCUGGGUUCGGUCACUGGUCACACACGGUUCCAAAAAGACAUCGCUUUGAUAUGGGUGGACGCCCAUCCGGACAUCAACACCCCGCUGACCAGCCCGUCUGGACACCUGCACGGCAUGCCCGUUGGGUUUCUGUGUAAAGAACUGCCCCACAUUACGCCCCCCGUCCCAGGACUGGAGUGGUGCACGCCUUGGUGAGUUAUCGGGACGUGUCCUGUUCGAGCUUUUAAAAAUAUAUUUUUUGUUUAAACUGGCAUGGGCCGGGGUAUUCUUUAAAUUACACAAUGAUGUGAAUGCUGCUAUUGCAAAACAUUUUGCUAUUUACUAGACUUAUUGAAAUAAACGAUAGUUCCAGAUUUAAAUUGAGCUGUUAGUUCGAACCUUGAUUGCCUAAAAGUAAAUACUUUCUUUCUACCAGCAAUUUCAUGGAGUUUGUAUGUAACGUUGUAGCAUCAUUUUGUUGUUGUCACACUUGACCCUCUCGCUCAUAUGAUCGUGGUUGAUCGCGUCUACUUCGUUUAGUGAACGGCGGGAGAAGGGCGGGUAUGGGAGCUCAGAUGAGAGCUUGAGGAUUUUGUGAGUGUUGAUCAGGAAGGGCUUAUGGAGAAAAGAUUUUCACAAAUUAAUACAAAUAAAAAUAUGUAAUUUUCUUCUAAAUAUAAUUCGAAUCCUUUGGCUUCAUAAAGUGUUUUUCUACACGUUUGCACAGUCUUUCAUUGCAUAAUGCAUUUUAAGAAAUUUUAAAUUAUUUCCUACUUUUAAGUGCGUUUAAACUUGUCUUUCAUAGAGCGUCUUUUUUUUUAAAAAAGUUUUUUAAUAUUUUUUUUAGCAUCUCUGCCAAAAAUAUCGCAUACAUUGGACUGCGGUCUAUAGAUCCCGAAGAAAAGUAA